AUGCUGUCUCUGGGCCUCCACCUUCCUAUUCGACAUGUUUCAUGUGGUGCUGAUUUUUGUUUAAUUUUGUUGAGUGAUGGAACUUUAUUAUCGUGUGGGGUGAAUGAAAGUAAACAAUUGGGAAUAACACAGGAACAAUUGAAAACUUGUGAUUAUUCCGAAUAUGAAUCUUGUGUGAGGAGCAAUAACAACACCAAUGAAGAUAUUGGCACUACAGUUAAGAACACACUCACAGAAAGAAGAAUUUAUCAAGUGAAAUUGUUGGAGAGUGUGAAAAUUAAGAUGAUGGAAUGUGGAUCUCAUUAUGCUCUGAUGGUCUCUGAAAAUAAUGACUUGUAUGGCAUGGGAGUCAAUGACUACAAUCAGAUUUGCCUUGGUGAGACCUAUGCGAGAUAUCCUUCAUUGAUUGAUUACAAUAGAAGUGUUGACGAUGAAAUAACACACGUGGGAUGCUGUUUUUCGUACUCACUUUUUGUUCUCAACUCUCGAACAUUGAGAUUGAUUGGACAGAAUUGGGUCUAUCACCACGACAUUGACCACAAAUUGUCCAGUGGACGUCUCUCUCCAAAACAAAAUUUUCACGUCUUUGAUUGCAAUGUGAAAAAACUUUGCACAGGUGGUUUUCAUUUUGUCAUUCUUCUUCAAGAUGGAACUGUCUAUGGUGGUGAUUGUGGAUCUAAUCAGUAUGGAAAUUUUGAACAGGAAAAUCAAAACACCAUCUUUUACGAGAUUACUCAAAAGUACUUUAAGAACGUGAAAAUUGUUGAUAUUUGUUGUGGAGGAGAUAAUAGUGCGUUUUUAACAACGAAUGGAGAGCUCUAUGUGUGUGGAUUAGAUCAUUUUCAAUAUUCUUGUAACUCCAUGCAGUAUGACAACAUGACAAGAGUUGAAUUUAAAAAACCGAUUGUUAAGAUGUUCACUGGAGAUAAUUACUCGUGUGUUGUAUUAGAUAAUGGAUCAAUCAUUUUUAGAGGAAAAAACGACAAACAUCAAUUAGGUUCAUUAAUACUUGAAACGCAUGAACACACAUUCCACAUGAAAGACCUAUUUCCCAAGUUAAAUGAUCCAAAAGAUAUUGCAGUGGCAUGUGGGUAUUAUAAUACAGUAAUUUAUUGUCGAAAAAGCUUGGCCAUCACGAAACAUUUUCUAUUUAUCGAAAAACGAAUUAAUGAUUCUCAUUUAAGUGAUAUUGUCUUUCAGUGUAUACAAUAG